ACGGAUUUCGCAAGAUAGAGAUCGUAGUAACGCUAACAGUGUCAGUAACAUAUUUUUAAUGUUUAAAAUUAAAUCGUUAAUUUGCAGCUAGGAUGAGUAAUAAACAGAAGGCUCACCGAACGAAAGGGAAUGUCAGGCCGUCUAGCAGCGGCCGAGCCGCGGAGCUUCUGUCGGCAGGUGGCGCCACCGUCGGCUUUGUCGGAUUCCAGGCGCUGUCGGGCGACCUCGGAUACGUGCCAACAGGUGGCGCCGCCGAGGAUGUGGGAUCGACCGUUGACUCGGACUUCCGGAUGGUGAUGAGGAAGACGGCAAAGCGAGAUGUGACGACGAAGAUCAAGGCAUUACAGGAAUUUGCGGAGCUGUGUCGUGAGAAGAGCGAGGAGGACGUAAAGGGGGCGCUACCGUUCUGGCCUAGAAUCUACAACAAACUCGCAAUGCUGAUCAGCGACAAUCUUCUCCAGCAGACGGCAGCGACCAUGAGUGACGUGAAGACGACACCGAAGGAGGAGGUGGAAGCGAAGUACGUUAGAGUGGUCUCCGCCUCCAUCCUCGGCCUGCGCAUGCUCCUUCUAGACCUGCCCGCCGCCGAGCGAGAAAAGAUCGGCGACAGUCUAACCCCGCUGCUAGCCGACACCAAGUUCUGGGCGUUCGGCAAACACAAGAACGCGGCGGUGCGCGCGGCGAUCUACGCCCUGCUGUCGAUGCUCUGUGAGGUGCUGCCCUCUGUUGCCCGUGCGCACGCCGCCAAGCUCUGCCCCCUGGUGUUGGGAAGCCUCGACGAGAGCGAGCCGGGCGUCAGCGCCCCCUGCUGGGAUGCCGUCCUCCACGUUGUCGACGUCGUUCAGGACUGCUGGAGCCAAGUGAACGUCCGGAAGGCCGUGCUGCCGAAGCUGUGGACGGUGCUGCGCUCUGGUGCCGGCGGCAAUGCGGCCGACGUCUUUCCGAGUCUCCUGCCGUUCCUCAGCCGUUUGCCACCAGAGGUCCUCGGCGAAGGGCUGUGGUUCUACGAGAAGUGGUUCGACAGCAUGGUGGAAUGGUAG